UCCGACGCGAAUUUGUACCGGCUUCCCUAGGCUUUGGUCUAUGGCAUUGCGCGCAGCUAAAAUUCCCGCUACGUACUCUUAACAUUUGUCUUGUUCAUUAAUGAACCUCUUAAAAAUACCAAUUCCUUCUCAAAAGCAGUAUACGGCUCAUUUUAAAUAGGCCACCAAUUUAAUAUUUUCCUUUAUUUUCCCUGAAAUAAUAAUGAUGAGAAAAGACCGCGAGCGCGACAGAGACCGCGAUGACCGGUCGAAGGACCGGGACCGCGACAGAGACCGGGACCGCGACCGGGACAGGGAGAAGGACACGAAGGCGCCGGGCGUGUCCCUGAACGCCGUGCUGCCGGGCGGAGGGGGGGGCGGCCUGCUCCCGCUCAAACAGACCGCCAUGCAACAGCAGGUCAACCCCUUCACCAACCUGCCGCACACGCCGCGCUACUACGAGAUCCUGAAGAAGCGGCUGCAGCUGCCCGUGUGGGAGUACAAGGAGCGCUUCGGCGACAUCCUCACCCGCCACCAGAGCUUCGUGCUCGUGGGAGAGACGGGCUCCGGCAAGACCACGCAGAUCCCCCAGUGGUGCGUGGACAUGGUGCGGGCGCUGCCGGGGCCCAAGCGGGGCGUGGCCUGCACACAGCCCCGGCGGGUGGCGGCCAUGAGCGUGGCUCAGCGCGUGGCGGACGAGAUGGACGUGAUGCUGGGCCAGGAGGUGGGCUACUCCAUCCGCUUCGAGGACUGCAGCAGCGCCAAGACCAUCCUGAAGUACAUGACGGACGGUAUGCUGCUUCGGGAGGCCAUGAACGACCCCCUGCUGGAGCGGUACGGCGUCAUCAUCCUGGACGAGGCCCACGAACGCACGCUGGCCACGGACAUCCUGAUGGGCGUGCUGAAGGAGGUGGUGCGCCAGCGCUCCGACCUGAAGGUUAUCGUCAUGAGUGCCACGCUAGACGCCGGAAAGUUCCAGGUGUACUUCGACAGCUGCCCCCUGCUGACCAUCCCUGGCCGCACGCACCCCGUGGAGAUCUUCUACACGCCCGAACCCGAGAGGGACUACCUGGAGGCAGCCAUCCGCACCGUCAUACAGAUACACAUGUGUGAAGAGGAGGAGGGAGACGUGCUGCUCUUCCUCACCGGCCAGGAGGAGAUCGACGAGGCCUGCAAGAGGAUCAAGCGGGAGAUCGACGACCUGGGCCCCGAGGUGGGCGACAUCAAGAUCAUCCCGCUCUACUCCACCCUGCCCCCCCAGCAGCAGCAGAGGAUCUUCGAGCCCCCGCCGCCCCGCAAGCCCAGCGGGGCCAUCGGGAGGAAGGUUGUGGUGUCGACAAACAUCGCGGAGACAUCGCUGACGAUCGACGGCGUGGUGUUUGUAAUUGAUCCCGGAUUUGCCAAGCAAAAGGUGUACAAUCCACGCAUCCGGGUGGAGUCGCUGCUGGUGACGGCCAUCAGCAAAGCCUCCGCCCAGCAGAGGGCGGGGCGUGCCGGCAGGACCCGGCCGGGGAAGUGUUUCCGCCUCUACACAGAGAAGGCCUACAAGACGGAGAUGCAGGACAACACGUACCCGGAGAUCCUGAGGUCUAAUUUGGGCUCCGUGGUCUUGCAGCUGAAGAAGCUUGGCAUCGAUGACCUGGUGCACUUUGACUUCAUGGACCCCCCAGCUCCGGAGACGCUGAUGCGGGCGCUGGAGCUGCUGAACUACCUGGCGGCGCUGAAUGACGACGGGGACCUGACGGAGCUGGGCUCCAUGAUGGCCGAGUUCCCCCUGGACCCGCAGCUCGCCAAGAUGGUGAUCGCCAGCUGCGAGUUCAACUGCUCCAACGAGAUCCUGUCCAUCACCGCCAUGCUGUCAGUCCCACAGUGCUUUGUUCGUCCAACGGAGGCCAAGAAGGCGGCUGACGAGUCCAAGAUGAGGUUCGCACACAUAGACGGAGAUCACCUGACCCUGCUCAACGUCUACCACGCGUUCAAACAGAACCACGAGUCGGUCCAGUGGUGCUACGACAACUUCGUGAACUACCGGUCGCUGAUGUCGGCCGACAACGUACGGCAGCAGCUCUCCAGGAUCAUGGACCGCUUCAACCUGCCGCGGCGCAGCACGGAGUUCACCAGCCGCGACUACUACAUCAACAUCCGCCGCGCGCUGGUCACCGGCUUCUUCAUGCAGGUGGCCCACCUGGAACGCACAGGGCACUACCUGACGGUGAAGGACAACCAGGUUGUCCAGCUGCACCCCUCCACGGUCCUGGACCACAAGCCCGAGUGGGUACUCUACAACGAGUUCGUCCUCACCACCAAGAACUACAUCCGCACCUGCACCGACAUCAAACCGGAGUGGCUGAUCAAAAUCUCUCCCCAGUAUUACGAGAUGGGCAACUUCCCCCAGUGCGAGGCCAAGAGGCAGCUGGAACGCAUCGUGGCCAAACUCCAAACCAAGGAGUACUCGCAGUACUAACCCCCCUGAGAACAGCCGCCCCCACCGCGGCGGCCCACACUCAGAGUAUCACAACUUUAUGAAGUUGUACACAACACGUCUAACAUCCAUCAUUUGGAGGAUUUUAAUGUUUUUCUCUACUGUUCAGAUUUGAUUAUUUUUAUAUAUUAUUUUCUUUGGCCCCCCCCUUUUUUUUUUUUUCUGUUCGUCUGACAACAUGCUAUAGAAUUGUCAUAAUCGGCCGAAACGACCUAGUUUGCUUUGGAAGUGGAUAUUAGCUUGCCCUGAUGCAGGCGAUCAACAGGAAAGCAGUUUUUGACCAUGUCGUGCAUGAUCAGCCAUGUUGGGUGUUGACAUUCCUUUUAGACAUCGUGACCUGUUAAAAAUGUACUUGUGUAGACAGUCGUUGAUUAUUCACCGACCUCAAUAAUAAUAAUUAUUAUUAAAAAUCGACUAAUAUCAGUUUUGGCAGCUUCAGAUGCAUGUAGUGUGUACCAGUGCAUUGUCACAGAUAUGCAUUUGCAAACAAAAUGAGCACUGUCUCUUUUUCUAAGGAAAGGCCUCCUAUACUUCCCUCUAUUGGACGGAGUCUUGAUGUAUCCAAAGGACAUCUGAAAUGUAUGGAUUUUUUUUUCGUUUUGUUGCUAGCUGUUGGUAGCUACAAAUACGGUAGCCCUGGAGGAGUUAUGUAUAUGUGGGAAAGUUUGGAAAUUUGGAUUGAAUGGAAAUAAAUGGGGAAAAAGUUGCACAAAUGA